AAACCUCUUAUCGUCAAGACUAAUUAGCCUCGAAGAAGUAAAAGAAGAUGAAAAGGAAGCAUUUGUCAUCCAUUGCCAACGACGUCCUCCAAAGAUCUGCAGAAAUUCUGAACACUUAUAUAGAAGGUAUAGUGGAAGAGUUUGAAGUGGGAUGGAAGUCAGAAACAAAUGGAUAUUCCAGAAAAUUAGUGGAAUUUUGCAGCUUGAAGGCUCUUGUUAACAUUUGUUCUAACAUAGAAGAAAAGAUUGAGGAUGGGUCAUUCAACCAGUUCACCUUUGAUAUGAUGCUUGAUGGGGAGAGACCUUCCUCAGCAGAUGAUGAAUCAUACCUGGUUUACAUUCUUUCCUGCUCUGUUUAGUAAAGGAAUUUACUUUUGAUCAAGUAUGAAAAAUAGAUCCACUGCUGUAAGUUUUAAGUUUGUUGCUUAAAUUAGGACUAACAAUUCUUCCCCGGACGCCCUCGUCUGGUAGGAGUGUGUAGCAAAAGAGAAAGAAGAGAAGAAGGUAGCACCAAAAGGGAAUCAAGGGAAUGAUGAUAUAUCUCUCUUCUACUCUGAUAUCAUGCCACUACUUGUUAGUUGAUUUUCAACCUUUGACAUUCAAUACAAAUUAUAUUUCUUCUUUUGAAAAACUUGCGACAUCGUCUUGUACUGAUACCUUAAUAUUUUUUUGAGG